CUGUCGGGUUGGUUGAAUGGGAAGGGCAGUGAUACGGAAAGAGGUGUUUAAUGGGGUCCGUCCCCACUCAGAUCUGAUAACUCUUCAGCUGGAGGCAUUUGCUCCACUCACUGGCCUCCCUUUAAGCAAAGGAGCAACAAUGUUAUAUGCAGAGAAAGAUUUAAAUGAACUUCUUAUCUGUAAAGAACAAGAACUGAAAGAACUACAAGCUCGGCAGAUCCAUUUUCAGGAAACUACACUGCAAGAAACCCGAAAGCAACUUCAAGAAAUGCACAGGAAAUUUAACAGUUUAAAGGAAGAUUUCACUUAUAACCUUAAAGUCCUAGAGGAGAGAGAUAGAGAGUUGGAACACUAUGAUACCUUGUUCAUCCAGUUGAAAAUGGUAGAAAAUGCUAACCAGGCAGAGGUUAGUGACCUUAGAAUACAGGUGGAUAAGCUGCAGCAGGCACUUGCUCGGGAAACAAAAAACCAAGAGGCACUCAAAGGUCAAUAUCAGCAGAAACUGAGAGAACACCAGUUGGCAUUGGAACAGCUUCAUAGUUCUAAAGAUGCCGAUAUCAGCCAUUAUCGUGAAGAAUAUGAAAAUAUGAGACAACAAUUGGAGAGAAAGCUCCAGGAAGUUGGAGGUGAACUUGCUUUGCAAAGACAGGAACUUCUUGUAGAAAUCGAUACAGAAAUUAAAAAAAGAGAGCAUGAGUUUCGACAGAAAGCAGAUGAAAUGAGCAAUUUAGUUCUAUCUCAUGAGAUUAAGGUGAAGUUGUUGACUAAAGAAUUGGAGGCUUUGAAAGAAGCUGGAAUGAAAGCAGCAGACUCAUUGAAAGUGGCAGAAGCAGCUAAUUUGGAGCUUGAAAAACAAGUCAGAUGCAAAGAUUGGGAAAUAAAAGAUCUUAUAGCUGUAAAAGAUACUCAGAUAGAGGAUUUAGAAAAUAAAUUUGCUUCAGUGCAGCUCGGCUGGGAAAAAGAAAAAGAAACAUUUGAGAGAAAGCAUGCUGCAAUAGAUCACUUUGCCAGAGAAAAAGAUGCAGUGAUUAUUUCAAUGAAACAAACCCAUGUUGAACAAACCCACAAAUGGAAAAAUCAAAUCCAAAAACUUCAGACAAAUAAGGAAACUUUGGAAAUGAAACUAUAUCAGGCUGAAUGUAGAUUUAUAGACCACUUGAGAGAGAAAGAGACUAUCACUGAAAAACUUGAACAUGAACUAGAAGAACUGAAAACAAACUGGGAUUCUCAAGUAGCCCAGAUAUCCAAGGAGACAGUUUCAAAGAAUCUGCAGAUUCAAGCACAGCAAGAAGUAGUAGUAAAGCUGAGAGCAGAAGUGGUUGCCUUAAAUCAAGAUAUUGAAAGAUAUAAGCAACAGCUUUCACUAGCAGUAGAGAAAGAAGAGAGUUUGGAAAGAGCUAAAGUGCAAGGAGAGCUGGAAUGGCAGCGGCGUUGCGAGAAUGCUGAAAGGAAUCAAUAUCACAAAUCAGAGGCUCUGAUACAGAGCCUGUCAACAGCCAGGGACCAGGCUACUGCUGCACUAAAAGAAAAGGAAGAGAAAUUACAUGGAUUAGAGGUACUUUUGUCUGGUGUAACCCUUGAGAGAGACCAAGCUGUUCAGCAACUUCACUUGCUAAAAGAGAAACAGGGUGCUGUAGGAGUUUUCGAACGUGCUCCUCCCGCUGAUAUCCAGAGAUUACAGCAGCAGAACAAUAUCUUGAGGUCUGUUGUUGCAGAAAUGAGAAAAGACAUGGAGACCCUUAAUCAUCAGGCGACUUCCUCUGAUGACAUCCAAAUGGAAAUACAAAAUGCAGACCAUAAACAAUCCCUGGAAGAUGAGAUCAGAAGAUUGAAAAAAAAAUGCAAGUCAGUAUACAAACAGAAUGAAUAUACAACAGAAGCUCCAAGAAAAUUAUUAGUGCCUUCUCUUAAUGCAUCUAGUUGUAAUAAAGCUACUCAAACUUUCCAUCCAGACUACAUUGUCAGUGGGAAUAAUGCUACAUUGCAUGGUGGUAAAGUUGCUGCUGAAAUGCUUCUGAAAAAAAAUGUUAUGGAUUCACUGAGAGUGCAAGAAACUGAAAAUUCAAGAACAGGGAGUCCACUGGUAAAACAGCUCCAGGAAGAUUCUGUUCAUCUCAAGCAACAGUUACUUGGUAUGGGGGCAGGUGACGGGCCCCAUCAGCAUUUUAGAAACCAUGCAAAAGUGAUUCAAGGUAGAUUGAAAGAAGCUGCAAAAAAGAUCUGCUGUCUGAGCAAAGAGAAACAGCAGCUACUAGAGAUGGUAAACAGACUAAGAGCAGAACUUGGAGCAGCUUCAAAGGAAGGAUUUCAGGAUUGCAAAAACUCAACAAACUCUCAACGCGACACAUUCCCUGGUGCCCUUUAUCCCAAAGAACUUGUACAAGAAGCAAAGCAGCAUUUUCUAGCUUUAGAACAUUUGCAGUACCAGCUUACAAAACAGGUUGAAUCAGACUCAUUUAUGAGAAACUGCACUGCAAAUCCCUCAAUGUCUAAAGCCCCUGUGCCACAGCAGCCUCAACAGCUCAGAAGAGAAAGUCCAAGCCUAUCCCAGCAAAGUCUGUUGUCAUCAUCUAGCGCACCUAGUUCCUUGGAGGAAAUUUGGCAAAUGUUAGAGAUGGGAUCAAGUCCUUCAGUUCUCAGCCCCAAGAACGUUGAUCAAGGUACACAUCAUGCAUAAAGACAUGGUUAUUUAGUUUUAGUAUUAGAAUUCAAAUACAGCACAAUGGCUUCUGGAAACUGAAAUGUCUAUACCUUACUUAUGGCAGAAUCCACAGGUAUUUUGUUCAUUUCCUUUGUACUUUCACCACCUUUGAAUUGUUUCGUUUACCACCUUUGAAAUGAGUGUGAAACCAACACAUUUCAGUGCUCCAUUAAUCACUGGCUGCAGAUAACUGUGCAGUAGGUCAGUGAUUUUACAAACUGUGUUCUGUGGAACUUUCUGGAAGACAGCACGCUGUCUCUAAUGGAUUUUCUGUGUAAUGUCCAAGUGUAAGGAAGUGUUGGUUGUAUUCUUGGGUGCUCUCUUGGUAUGCAACAGAUGUGUUGAGUUGUCCUGCACAUGAACUGACUAUAUCCCACUGUCCUUUGCACUGCCUAGAAAUCCAAGUCUGGUAAUUGUAAGUAGACAAGAACAUGUGACAAAAUGUUCUUUGAAGCUGAAAGUCUGGAAACUACUCUUUUUACUAUUCAGAAGUAGAUAUACCUUGGUGCUGCUGAAUAUAAACUGGUACUCUUUUAAGAUGAUCACUUUUAUUUAGCAUGGGCUCUUUUCACUAACUUUACUUACAUUUCAGGGCAGUUAUUUUAUUUUUAAUAAAAUUUUCAUAGGUAGAAAUACAACAUUGUUUCUUGUGCUUAUGACACAAGUUUUGCUUGGAAGAGAAAAACAACUUCAGCCAAUGCAUUCUAAUGUAGAUUUGUUGUAAGGUUCAAUUUUGUAAGAUUCAAUAACAGAUUAUUUCUUUAUU